CCCCAUGAUGCCGUAAUUAACCCAAAUUCGCAACUCUAACACCAAUUAUUUCUCGCAAUAUAAAUGAGUUCUAAUAGAACCAAAGGUUUGUUGCGUUUUGCUUGCAGUCAUAAGUUAGUCGAGCCCUACAAAUAUGUCGCGUAGAAUUAGUUUAAUUUUUUACAGUUUAAUCUUAUUCAUUAGUAUAAUUUAUCGGAGUGAUGGAUUUUAUUCAAGAAUCGUAAAUGGCUCACAAGCGAAUGAGGGCGAGUUUCCGUUUGUGGUAUCCCUUCGUCGCGCGUCGGAUGGUCGUCAUAAGUGCGGCGCCUCGCUACUGAAUCGCGUUUGGGCGCUAACAGCCGCGCAUUGUGUGGUGAAAGCACGACCGGAACAAUUGAAUAUUCAAUAUGGCAGUAAUGAGCUACUUGCGCAUAGCAACAAAGUGUCAAAUAUUAGUAAAAUAAUAGUGCAUGAAAAUUAUCAACCGGGAAAUUUGUAUAUGAAUGAUAUCGCCUUAUUGCGCCUACAAACGCCCAUCAAAUUUAGUGCUAAAGUGCGCGCCGUACAUUUACCGGCAGCUCAACAGGAAACACCGGAAGCGUUGCCAGCAGUGUUGCUCGGUUGGGGUUUGAAUGUGACUGGUGGUGUCAUACAAAAACAUCUACAAAAGGUGCAUAUACAAACAUUCAGUGAUGAGGAGUGUAGUAAACGUCAUGAUACAGAAUUACAUGCCACAACUAUUUGUGCCGGUGUGCCAGAGGGUGGUCGCGGUCAGUGCAGUGGUGAUUCUGGUGGCCCAUUAAUGGUUAAUGGCCAGCAAAUUGGUAUUGUUUCUUGGAGUCGCAAGCCGUGUGCUGCAGCGCCAUAUCCAGGUGUAUUUACGGAAGUUUCUGCGUAUGUGGAUUGGAUGGGUCAGAUGAUUGGAAGCGAUCGUGAUGAUGGCGAUUGGAGUGAAAGUGAUGAGUCAUGGGAAGAAUUGACUACGGGGAAUCUUAUAAUAGUGCGAAAUUUAAGGGGUUUGGCGAGGUUGUUGAGUAAAGAAGUUGUUAAAUAAAAUGUGAAAUUCUGUAAAAACAUU